CGAGGCGUCAGGCGACGAGGUCGCUGCGUCUCUCUCUCUCUCUGCCUCUUUCCUCCUUCCCUGACUCGGCGGGCGGGGUCACGCGCCUGCGCAGAAGCGGCCUCCUUGCCCCCUCAGCGUCGCUCCGGCUUCCCUCGCGGGCGGCCUUCGAGCUUCUUCCCCGCGGCGAGCGAGCGAGCGAAGCCGGGCGGCGGCGGCCAUGGCGGACACGGCGCAGAACGGGCCCAUGCAGGGCGGAGCGGGCGGCGGGGCGGUGCAAUUUCUGAUGAGUAACAAGUUGGAGACGGCGAUGUGGCUUUCUCGUCUAUUCACAGUUUAUUGUUCGGCUUUAUUUGUCCUUCCUCUUCUGGGGUUGCACGAGGCAGCCAGCUUUUACCAGCGGGCUUUGCUGGCGAACGCACUCACCAGCGCCCUGCGUCUCCACCAGCGGCUGCCCCAUUUCCAGCUAAGCCGGGCCUUCUUAUCUCAAGCCCUGUUGGAAGACAGCUGCCAUUACCUUUUGUACUCCCUCAUCUUCGUCAAUUCCUACCCCGUCACCAUGAGCAUAUUCCCCGUGCUGUUGUUCUCGUUGCUCCACGCAGUGACCUACACGAAGAAAGUUCUUGAUGCACGAGGCUCAAAUAGUCUUCCUUUCCUAAGAAAUCUGUUGGACAAGCUAAACGCCAAUCAACAAAACAUCUUAAAGUUUAUUGCCUGCAACGAAAUCUUCUUGAUGCCAGCUACCGUGUUUAUGCUUUUCAGCGGACAAGGAAGCUUGUUGCAACCUUUUAUUUACUACCGGUUUCUUACACUCCGCUACUCUUCCCGGAGAAAUCCUUACUGCCGGACCCUCUUCACAGAGCUGAGGAUUGUAGUGGAGCAUCUCAUAAUGAAGCCUUCUUGCCCGCUGUUUCUGCGAAGACUCUGCGUGAGCAGUAUUUCUUUUAUAAGCAGACUGGCCCCCACAGUGGCGUAGCCCACCCUGGAAACCUCCGUACGUCUUUCUCUCUCUCUCUCUCUCUCUCUCUUUCUCUCUCAAAGGACAUUCUGAGCAGCUGGUAUUUCUGCUGGGGGUUUAUAAAUUCAGGAUCUCAGUCAAGGUCGUGUAUAGAAAUGGUUCCUUCCAAGAAUUCGUUUCGUGGAGUGUAUCUAUAUGGGGUUGUGUUCAUUAUUUUUUUUAUAUAUAUAUAUAUUUUGUUUGGCUGGUUGCUUGUUUUCUAAAAGUCUGUUUUAUUUUCCUCCUCUGUUCUGUGGACCACCAGUUCCUCUUAGGCAGAGUUCUCUCUCUCUCUCUCUCUCUCUUUUUUUUUUUAGGCGAGCGUUAAUCUGUGUCGUACAAUAGGGUUUGCGUGUCGUGAUCUCAUUAAUGCCGCAACGCAAAAUUCUUUCUUCCACACCAAGGGACGGUGUCAGGCAGUGCUGUCUGGAUCGGGUCUUAACCAGCUGUGAUUCGGUACUUCCUGGGCUUCGAAAUACCUUCCUACGCGGUACAUUUGAGUCAGUAUUGCUUUGGUGAAUAAAUGGAAGUCCAUUAAGUUAUCCCAAUCAGCAGGAAGCACCUGCUCUGACCAGGUCCAAACAUUUAACUCUGUUCUUCUGAUUUGUUCAAUGCCUUUCUCCAGCAAGAUCUUGAUUUUUCUCGGUCCAUAUUUCUUGAUGCUACCUGAAUGCCGUCUGCCACCGGCUUCUCUUCUGAAACUGGGAUUCUUAAAAAUGCCAAUCUGUGAAACCUUAGAAUAAUAAAGAUGGAUGUUAACGUUUA